AGUCAAUGGAGUGUUUACUUUGAAAUAGCUAUAGAUUUUCAAACGGCUUGCUUAGCCAUUAAAGUCUGAGAUACAAUAUAGUCAGUAUUCAGUGAGUUUAUUUUAGUGGCGAAAAGUCACUUACCUUAGGUCCUCUUGCAGUAAGAGCCCUUCACCGCCGACUUCGCCUCGUAGUUAUCUAGUAAUUAAUAUUAUAUCUAUCGACGACAACCGGAGGAAGGGAGAACGAGGCCGGUAAAUGAAGAAAAAAAAUCGAGACUUUAAAGUUGUAAAAAAUAAGUGAACCCUGCUGCUUCCUUACGUCGUUUCUAAAUGCCAUCUUUUGUGAGAGCGUGACUUGGAAUCCUCGACUAUUGACGGAAGAAAAGGGGAACGUGGUACGAGUUAACUGGAGUUUGUGAAGAACAGCGUGUGACCGUAGUGAGUGAGCAGCCUUCCCUAUGUGUGUGACAAUGGGCGACAUCAGCGACUUGGACCGCCAGAUUGACCAGCUCAGACGCUGUGAACUUAUUAAGGAAAACGAAGUGAAAGCACUUUGUGCCAAAGCCAGAGAAAUUCUGGUUGAAGAAAGCAAUGUCCAGAGAGUUGACUCACCCGUAACAGUCUGUGGCGAUAUACAUGGUCAGUUCUAUGACUUGAAGGAGCUUUUCAGAGUUGGAGGAGAUGUCCCAGAAACAAAUUAUCUCUUCAUGGGAGAUUUUGUAGAUAGAGGCUUCUACAGUGUGGAAACAUUUCUUCUUCUGCUAGCUCUUAAGGUGCGUUACCCAGACAGGAUAACUUUGAUCAGGGGAAACCAUGAGUCCCGGCAAAUCACCCAAGUCUAUGGGUUUUAUGAUGAGUGCCUCAGAAAAUACGGCUCUGUCACAGUUUGGAGAUAUUGCACAGAAAUAUUUGACUACCUGUCCCUCUCUGCUAUUAUUGACGGAAAGAUAUUUUGUGUCCAUGGUGGCUUAUCGCCUUCAAUACAAACACUGGAUCAGAUUCGGACCAUCGACAGAAAACAGGAAGUGCCUCAUGAUGGGCCUAUGUGUGACCUUCUCUGGUCAGACCCAGAAGAUACUACAGGAUGGGGUGUGAGUCCAAGAGGUGCUGGCUACCUUUUCGGUAGUGAUGUCGUGGCCCAGUUCAAUGCUGCCAAUGACAUCCACAUGAUUUGCAGAGCACAUCAGCUGGUCAUGGAGGGAUAUAAGUGGCACUUUAAUGAAACAGUGCUUACUGUGUGGUCAGCACCUAACUACUGUUACAGAUGUGGUAACGUGGCUGCCAUUUUGGAACUGGAUGAACAUCUACAACGGGAGUUUAUCAUAUUUGAAGCAGCGCCACAGGAAACGAGAGGCAUUCCUUCAAAGAAGCCAGUUGCAGACUAUUUUCUGUGAUGUCUUUUAAAUUGAUUUCACCAUUCACCAUUAAACCUUCUGCUGGGGAAUUCAGAACUGUUUAACUGUAAACCAGCAGAACCCUGGUCACGUCUAAACAAUCUGAUCCUUUUUCUUGUUUCUGUUUUUGUAAAUUCAACUCACUCAUGUACAUUUAUUUUUGAGAUGCCAUGUUUUUCUUUAUUCGAAAAAACAAAUCUUCUGUAGGUUUCACAAUGUAUUAAGUGAUUUUUUUUUUUGACUGGCCAUAGAGAGGCACUAUAUUCACUGCUCUUUAUCAUUGGUCAUUUUUAAUUUAAUCUGCAGGCUUGUCCGUUUCGAUAAUGUGAGAAUGUUUUUGUAUCUGUGUUUUUGCUAAAUAAAAGCCACUUGUCCAUAUUUAAAGCUUCACCAUCAAAUGUACCACAUAAAACAAUAGCACAAUCAGUGUUGU